ACUAUCUUCCCUACUCGGAGAACAAAUAUACACUGCCGCUUCAGAAAACCUUCCAAAAUCAUUUCUUCAUCUUCUUCCCUUUAAAAAAUCUUCAUCCUCUUUCUCUUUCCCGCGUAAAUCUCUAGCCAAUCUUCUUUCAGAUAUCACAAAAUGUCAGAUCUGAUGAAAUCGUCGUUAUUCCACUCACACCAACACCUCUGUCACGCAGAAAUCCUCACACCAGCAGAAGUUAAAGCAAGAAUCGAAGUAGCAGUACUCAAUUUCCUCAGAAUCUUAAAUUCACCAACAUCUCCAGCCAUAUCUGAUCUCCCAUUGAUACAACGAAGCUCGAAAAACAGCCGAGUCAGUCGUGGAUUAUUAACUGAUGAAUCGUCGAUCUUUCUUUCUCAUUCUUUUACUACGAGAUCGCUUAUGAAACCUAGUUCUGCUAAAGCCUUCGUCAGAGUGUGGAAAGUGAUGGAGAUGUGUUAUCAGUUACUGAUGAAGGAGAAGAGAGUUACACAGAGAGAGCUUUUCUAUAAAUUGUUAUGUGAUUCGCCUGAAUUUUUUACUUCUCAAUUAGAGGUUAAUCGAUCUAUUCAAGAUGUUGUUGCGCUGCUUCGAUGUAGUAGGCAUAGUCUUGGAAUCAUGGCGUCGAGUCGAGGACUUGUUGCUGGACGUUUGAUGAUUCAAGAGCCAAACAAAGAAGUAGUGGAUUGUUCAAUGUGUGGGUCGUCUGGGUAUGCGAUUACUGGGGAUUUGAGUUUGUUAGAGAAGAUGAGUAUUAGAUCUGAUGCGAGAUACAUUAUCGUUGUCGAAAAGCAUGCUAUAUUUCAGAGGCUAGCCGAGGACCGGAUAUUCAAUCAGAUUCCAAGCAUACUUAUUACUGCCAAAGGGUAUCCAGACAUCGCUACGAGGUUUCUUCUGCAUCGGCUCAGCCGAGCUUUCCCAAAUUUGCCAAUCUUUGCACUGGUUGACUGGAAUCCUGCAGGGCUAGCUAUACUCGGCACCUUCAAGUUUGGAAGUAUAGGGAUGGGUUUGGAGGCAUACAAAUAUGCUUGUAAUGUUAAAUGGCUGGGAGUCCGAGGGAACGAUUUACAGCUCAUACCUGAAGAAUCCUACGUUGCACUGAAGCCACGUGAUCUGCAGAUAGCUAAAAGCUUGAUGUCCUGUGACAUGUUGCAGGAUUCUUACAGAGAGGAACUGGCAAGGAUGGUGCAGAGUGGUAAAAGAGCAGAAAUUGAAGCCCUCUAUUUCAAUGGAUAUGACUUCCUGUGAAAGUACAUUGCAAGAAAAAUUGUCCAAGCAGACUAUAUCUAAUAAGCUGUAACUAAGUUAUUAUUCCAUCCUUGUUACACAAUGCUGUCCACUGUUAUUCCAUCCUUGUUUCUAUUCCGAACAAAGUUACAGGGAUGUGCCAUGUUGAAAUAUCGAAUGACAGGUAUAGAUAAAUUUAGACAA